AUGAAGAACCCCAAUGACUUGAUGCAGCUCUUACUGAAGCAUGAACUCUGGAACCAUGAGAUAAAGCUACAAGAAGGAAAACAACUAAUGAAACAGCUAAUAUACAGGUUGAAUGAAAAAGAAUCAGCUGAAGUGAAGAAAUAUAUUAAAGACAACCUUCAGAAAGAUUAUAUAAGAGAGUUAAUAUUACUGGCAGAAUACUCAAUACUGUUUGCACCAAAGAAAGACAGAACCCCAUAA